GGGGAAGGUGAGAAGCAGUCGAGGUAAACAGAACAGAGGACGACAGAGCGAACAUGAAUAGCCUCUUUUCCAGGGAUGUGCAGGUGAAGAGCAUGGAGCAAACGGUGAAACAUGCUGAGAAGCACCUGGGUGAGCUCUGCUCCCUGCUGGCCUCGUACACCAGGAAGACAGCCAAGCUAAGAGAUAAGGCAGACCUGCUGGUGGCUCAGCUCUUUGACUUCUCCAGCACAGAGGACCCUGAGCUCCAAAUCGGACUUAAAAACCUGGCUGAGGAUCUCUCCAUGGUGCAGGAUUACAGACAGGCUCAGGUAGAGAGACUGGAGACGAGAGUUGUUGCUCCUCUAAAAGCCUAUGGAGACACUGUGAAAAACAAAAGGGUAGAUCUAAAGAAGUUAAGCACUGAUCUGAACAAGGAGCUGAAGGAGUUGCAGAAGUUGGAAAAAAUGCGACUGAGGAACCCAGCAGAUCGACAAGGCAUUUCUCAGGCAGAAGUGAAUGCUCAGAAGGCUUCCAACAAUGCCCAUCGCAGCAUCAGACAACUGGAGGAGACCAUCACAGACUUCCAGAGACAAAAACUGGAGGAUAUGAAAAGGAUUUUCAUUGACUUUAUCACAGUGGAGAUGCUUUUCCAUGCUAAAGCGCUGGAGGUCUAUACACAUACAUACCACAACCUGGAGGGGAUAGACACUCAAAAGGAUCUAGAGCUCUUCAUCGGGCGGAUCAAGAUGUCAGACUCUCUAGCUGGGCGCAUGGACACCCCACUGAGCAGCUACUCUUCUCCCCUCAUGAGCAGCUACCCCAGCCCUCCUGUGGCCGCCGCUAAAAGCCAAAGCUUCAGGUCAACACUGGCCUCUACCGCAGGUCAAAACCUCAGACAACAACAACACAGCCAGUACCCAGACAGAGCCAGGAGGUCUCGUAGCACCUUACAGCGGCAGAGAGGUAUGGAGGAGGAAGAAGAGCUGGAGGAGGAAGAUGAGGAUGAAGACGAAGAAGAGGAGAUGUAUGAAUCAGAGAUAGAGGACGGUCAGAACACCAGCAGGAAGUCUUAUGCUGCUCAAUAUGCCCAGAUGCACAGAUGGCAAAAGUAACAGCCUGAGCAUGGAAACAUUAACACGUCUGUACCU